AUGCCCUCACCCUACAGUCCUCGACUUCCGGGAGGAGGCGGUAGUGCCUACGAGCGCGUUACAACUGUUAAUCAUGACGAUCUCAAUCCCGCUUAUCCGCAACAACCGCGGUAUCAUGAAACGCAGCAGUACGCACAGCACUAUCAGCACCAAGCCUAUCCUCAAGAGUCUGGAUACGACGCUCCUACCCCGGCGCUGGCUGCCGACAACUACUCUCCAGAGUACAGCAUGGAAGAUAUGCGAAAGACAAUCACUCCUGCAUCCCAUCGCUUCUCCAUCACUUCUCAACCUCAUGACUAUGCCGACCCCGACGCAGGCUGGACCGAGAAGCGGCAGUCGGGCACGCAAUUUGAUCAAUUCACUCCUGCACCUCCAGUGCGCAGCCGCAAGAAGAUGAUGUGGACCAUCGGCGGUGCCGUCGUAGCUCUUGUUCUCAUCAUCGGUACCGUUGUAGGUAUCGUCGUCGCUAGGCACAGAAACGACAGCAACAAGGCAUCCACUUCGAGCGCAAGCGGUAACACCAAAUCUCUCUCUGGCGAUCCUUCCAAGUUUAAGAAAAAUUCGGCGCUUCACAACAGCUUCUGGGGAAUGUGCUACACCCCCUUCGAGUCGCAGUUUCAGUACGGUUGCGGCGUAGACCUCGCUUCGGUCGUCGAGGAUGUCCAAACGCUUUCGCAGCUCACCACCCGCGUCCGUCUCUACGGAUCUGACUGCAACGUUACUGCACUCAUGCUGGAUGCCAUCCAGCGCACCAAGGUCAAUCUCACCAUCUACCCUGCCAUCUACCUCGACUCCUCUGACCCCGGCGACGUUGCUUGGAACCGUCAGGUGGCCAACAUUACCUUUGCACUUGACAGCUUUGGCACGGAUCACAUCGGCGGCAUCUCGGUCGGGAACGAAUACCUCCUGAACGGCGGCUCGGCCACCAAUCUGUUGUCAUACGUCCAACAGUUUCGCACUCUAGCCACCAGCAAGGGUUGGACCUUCCCUGUCGGUACUGCUGACGCUGGUAGCAUGUUCACCGCUACGGUCGCUGCCGGUGUCGACUACUUCAUGGCCAACGUACACGCCUGGUUUGCUGGCACUUUGGUCUCGGACGGUCCAGCAUGGACGUGGCAGUUCUUUGAAGACAACGAUGCCAACAUCGCCGCUGCUGCGCCCAACACACCUGCCGCCUACAUUGCAGAGACUGGCUGGCCGUCGGGGGCCAACAGCACCGCGGCAGCCACGUACGUGAACGAGCAAGGUCAAGUCACUGGCGCGCACGCCGGCGUCUCGGAGCUCCAGACCUUCUUGGAUGGUUAUGUGUGUGAGGCCAACAAGAACGGCACAGGCUACUUUUGGUUCGAGUUGUACGACGAAGAAUGGAAAGAUGCCCUUUACGGCGGUGUCGAGGCUCACUGGGGACUCUUUGAUAAGACCAAGAAGCUCAAGCAGAUUACUAUUCCGAACUGUAGCCACAAUUAG